AUGUCGGACCGUGACAUUCUUCGGUUUCUUUGGUCCGAAGAUGCGCAAGGUGGCAAAGCAGUUGGUCGCGGCUGGGCUGAAUGGCGGCAGGAGAAAGCAAAGUUGAUGUUGGCUGCAAAGGGUGAAAAGAAUGAAUGGUGGAGAACAGGUGAUGCUGAAGAAUGCAUUUGGCAUGGCAAGCUCUACAAGUGGAGUGCUGCUGCGCUGGCUUGGGAGGAAGUGCCAGCGGCGCCAGAGGUCAAAGUAGAGGAGCCAAACACGGUCCCCGCAAAGAGAAGUAGUGCCCAUGUCGUGGAACCUACUAUCUUGCCCAUCGGCAAGACAGCAACCGCCAGUCAAUCCUCCGCCGGAGGCGGAAAGUUUGCCAAGGUCCAGGUGGUGGAGCCUACUAUCAUUCCCAUCAGCUUGACAUCUGCUCCCAGCCAGCCGGGCAUACCUGCUGCUGCUUCGUCUGCAAGACUUGCGCCAGCCGAGCAGCCAAGUCCUGAGGCUCUUGCGCCGGGGAUGCCAAAGGCUGCAGGGCAGCCACCUAUGCCUACUGCCGAAGUUUUGCACCCGAAGUCCUUCGAGUUGAAAGCAGGCGAAGCUGUCUUUCAGAAUCAUUUGUACAAACUGACUCAUGAGGGUGACAAAUGGAUCCGCCAGCGGCCAUUGUCGGCCGAUGAAAUUUUGCAGAUAGUAAAUGCCCCCGCUCAUCCGACGCGCCAGCUAGAUGUGACUGUGUACACCAAAACCUUGCAAGAAUGGCAAGAAAAGAAUUUUCCUGGCUGCCCAGAAUUGGUGAGUGCCAUAGUAGAAUGCUUGGAGGCGAAGAAGCUGCGCUGA